GCUUCUCGACAACAAGAACCAUGUCGAAAUCAAUCUCACAGCCUUGCACCGCCAAGCCGAAGCGUAUCAUCAUCUGUUGCGACGGGACGUGGCAGUCCGCUACCGGACUCGACCGCAAGACCGGUGCUGCGUCCAAUGUCGCAAAGCUAUGCCAGAUUCUGGCUUCAGCUGGCACGGAGAAUGGCCAAGAAUACCAGCAGGUAGUCUACUAUGAUGCCGGAGUAGGCACCGGAGCCAUCGGCAUGGUCAUGAGCGCUAUUCAAGGUGGAAGCGGUUCGGGAUUGCUCGAGAACGUCAUUGAAGCCUACAACUUUAUCGUCAACAACUUUACCCCCGGCGAUCAGCUCUACUUUUUCGGCUUCUCUCGCGGAGCCUUUACCGCUCGAGCCACGGCCGGUCUGGUCAACGAGGUCGGAAUCCUCCGACCAUCGGCCAUGCGAAAGUUCAUCCAGAAAUAUUCCGCGUACGUCUCCAAGGGGGUCUUCGAGCCUGCCUUUGGUGAGACCGACGAUUGGAAGGAGUUUACCGCCCCAGAGCACAAUCGGGUUGUCGUCGAUCGCCAUACUCAGGAGAUCAAGGUUAUUGGCGUAUGGGACACUGUCGGCGCGCUCGGGGUGCCUGCCAUGGGACACGUCUGGCGACGAGAGCACACCGAACAUCGCAAACCGUACCAAUUCCACGAUGUUGCUUUGAAUCGUAGGGUCUUGCACGCUUUCCAAGCUCUGGCUCUGGACGAUCAACGGGAAUCUUUCCAUCCCUCGGUCUGGAAGGUUAGACCGAGCAAGAACUCUGUUACUGAGCUCGUUCAGUGCUGGUUCCCGGGCGUUCACAUCAACGUCGGCGGCGGCAGCUCGUCCAGUGCCGGAGAAGGCGAUUUCACCGAACAGCUCGCCUCGAUCUCGUAUACGUGGAUGCUCGACCUUGUCCGCCCUUACUUGGCGUUCGACGACGCCGAGCUGGAAGCUCAGAAGAAGGACUGGAAAAACGCUACCAAGGAUAAUAUGCCGGACCAGGUCAAGGAGAAACAAGCUGUCAAGGACGAGCGGAACUUGUUCUCCAAAGCGUGGGAGUGGGGUCUUUCGUUUGGGAACAAGGAGGUGAAGAAGCAGGAACAUGGAUACGCAGUCGAAGAGAUCGAGGACAGCCAUGGGCUUCUCUACGAUGUCAUGGGCAAGCCCAAGGACCGUGUCCCUCAGAACCUCUCCGAGGAGGACAUCGAGAAAGGAUGGCGAACCAACGAAUCGGUUCAUUACACCGUCAUUGAAAGGCAGAAGAAGUUGAAGGAUAUGGGGCGUCCCGACUACGUCCCUCAUGCGAUGAAAGGAUGGGUGUACGACGAAAAGUCAAAGACUUGGUCCCUUCCCGGUUCGAAGAAGGCCAUGCCAGAAAGUCAGCCUGGGAACGGUCUGCCCAUCGAGCACAGUAUGGAAAACUGGCUCGUCGAGUUUGGCAAGGGCAAGGUCAACCAGUGAUUGUUCACGUAUCGACAGCAGUACUUCUGCGGAUGUUGCACUGCGCGAGCAGUCAGGAUAUAUUGGGUAUUGUGACGGAAAUUCAAAACCUGGGACAUGAAGUCGAAUUCUUUGUAUAGGGUGUACUAGUACUAUGUAUUCGGGAAAUAGCGAGAUACUGCUGGUUCAAGCGAAUCCCACCAUCGAGA